CUCUCUGCGAGAGCUCUCUAGGCGAAGAAACAUUCUAAUGAUAGGAAGUCCCUCAGAUCCACAUGGGCUUGUGAACGUUUGAUGAGGAAUUGUAACCAUGCCUUUCUUUAUCAGAAAUAAAGGUCGAGGAUCUGACAGAAACGAUACAAAGAAAUUUGGAAAACGACCAAAAGACAAAUCCAAUGAUAAAAUUAGCAACUUCAAGAGAAAGCGAAGCCAUCUGGAUGAAGAGAUUGAGAGCGAGUCUGAAGAAGAAAGGGAGGUGAUUGAGAGACGUGGAAAACCAGAUUUUGAUGAUUCAGAAGAUGAGAAGGAACGGGAAACAGCCACAGAUAAAAAGAUACGUCUCACAAAGCAGUACCUAGCAGCACUAAAAAAUGAAGAGGCAGAGAGAGGGGAUGCUGACGUAGAAUUGCACGAGGUUGUCUCAGAACGGCUUCAGCAUGAUGCUUUGGAGCAAGCUGGCAGACUUCACAAAAUUGUGUCGGAUAAGUUUCUCCCACCUGACCUUUCAAGGAUCAAGGUAAUGCGUGGUCACCAGUUGUCUCUCACCUGUGCUGUUGUGUCCCCAGAUGGCAGAUCAGCUUUCAGCGCAUCCAAAGAUGGCACCAUAAUCAAGUGGUGUUUAGAAACAUACAAAAAAGUUCAUGUUAUUCCUGGAGGGCGGAAAGGAACGGAGAAUAAGCAUGUGGGGCACACGUCUUGUAUUCUUGCUAUGGCCAUUACAUCCGACUCAAAGUUUUUGGCCACUGGUGAUGCAAACAGCCUGAUCCAUAUAUGGGACCCAUCUUCCUGUCAGUUAUUGAAUACUUUCGAAGGUCACAGGAAAGCAAUAUCGGGUUUAGCAUUCCGCAAGAAUUCACACCAACUAUUCAGUGCAGGUCAUGACAGAAUGGUAAAGAUUUGGAACCUGGAUGAAAUGGCCUAUGUUGAGACACUGUUAGGUCAUGAGGAUAAAAUAACAGCAAUUGAUAGUUUAACCCGAGAACGUGCUGUGACCUGUGGAGGCAGAGAUCGAAGCGUCCGUAUCUGGAAGGUACUGGAAGAAUCACAGCUUGUUUUUCAUGGACACAUGAAUUCCAUCGACUGUGUUUCUCUCAUCAAUGAGACAAAUUUUGUUACUGGUGGAGAAGACAACUGCAUUUGCUUAUGGAGUGUUAUGAAAAAGCGUCCCCUCUUCACCUACAAAAAUGCACAUAACUCUUCAGGAGAGGGAAGCGGUCAAACAGUUGAGGAAAAUUGGGUCACUGCUGUUGCCUCCCUUCAGUACACUGAUUUGAUAGCAUCUGCAGGUUCAAAGGAUGGCAAUAUACGCCUGUGGAAAUGUUCAGCAGACUUCCGUUCACUCACACCCCUGUUCUCGAUACCUUUGGUGGGUUUUGUCAACAGCUUGCAAUUUUCCCCCGAAGGAGAUUUCCUUCUGGUAUCUGUGGGUCAAGAACACCGCCUAGGUCGUUGGUGGCGUAUCAAGCAGGCAAAGAAUGCCUUGUACCUCAUACCUCUUCCUAGGAAGGACAAGGAUAGCUGAUUAAGAGAUGUGCUGGACUGUAUGAGUAGCUGUGAUUGUGCUCAGGAAAAUAUAACAUCUUGAGAAAUGAAUGUGGUAUUUGAAGUUUAAAAUAAAUGGACUGCAUAUAUAUAUGGGCAAUUCGUUUUUAAAUGUCCUUAAAUUUCUUUGGUUAGCUAAAGACAAGACAUUUAUUAUGAAAUUACAAUCACUGCUAUGUAAAUAACAAUAUUAGAAAUUUGUGCACAACUCAGUGUUAAGUCACUGACACUAAAUGGUUGUGCUCACUCAUGACUCAUUAUACUUGUCAGGCAAUAUGGGUCUGUCCAAAAUUAUGAGCAGUGCUCUCAGCAGUACAGGCAUAAGUAUGGUAUGCAAGUCUUUUUCUUUACAAUGUUGUAUGUUGUAUUACAACAUAUAAUUAUCUAAAUGGUAAUUUGUGAGAGUGACUUCAAGUAGCCAUAAACAAAAAGUGUAGAGGGAGAUCUGCCAUAUUCACUUUUUGUUACAAGAUUGUUGCACACAUAUGAGCAACUGUAUUGCUAUUUAUGUCAUUAAAUCACAAAAUCAUGGCCAGUAACA